AUGAAAGGUUGGCCGAAAGCAGAUGCAAUUAGAGCACUUGAAAGUUGUGGAUUUCAUGCUAGGAUCAUCUUAAGAGUUCUUGAGCAAAAGUCUCUCAUUAUUGUUUCUCUUGAUCAGAGGUUAGGCAUGCAUGACCAUAUAGAAGAAAUGGGCCAAAAUAUUGUUCGUCGUUCGAACCCUGAUGAACCUAUUCGAUUGGGUGAUGACUUGGUUAAUGAAGCAACAAGAGUUAUAACACUUAGAAAAUUUUCAUGGCCUAUCAAGGAUAAUCUUUGUUUUGGAAACAUGAAGAAACUUAGACUUCUUGACGUGGUUUAUCCAUUUGAUAAUUUGUUUGAAGUUUACCAAAAUUUCCAGAACCCAUUAUUACUGUGA